AUGCCGUCCCCAUUCUUCACGAGGAACGCUAUAUCCGACAAAGAUAGCCUCGCCCUCUUGCAGCUGCGACGCGACCAAAUCAUCCCGACGAUCCUCCGCGACCAUGACGAUGAGAACCAGGGUUAUUGGGAGGGCAAGGUCACCAACACCCGCUUCGGCUCAUUCCCUCAUAGCACUCUGAUCGGACAGCCGUGGGGCUCGCAAAUCGUCGCUUCUAAAGUCGACACAGGCUCUCGCGGUCGCAAAGCGACCAAGCGCAAGGCCGAGGAGCUCGAUGGAUCAGCAACACCAGGCGCGGAGGACGAAGAGGAGAAGAAGCCAUUACUGAGGACUCCCGUCGCUGCAGACAGUGGAUUCCUGCACAUUCUCGCCCCAACACCCGAGGCAUGGACCCUAUCUCUUCCGCAUCGCACCCAAGUCGUCUACACCCCAGACUACAGCUACAUCCUCCACCGACUCCGCGCACGGCCGGGCUGCACAGUGAUUGAAGCCGGUGCCGGCAGUGGCUCAUUUACACACGCCGCCGCUCGCGCCGUAUUCAAUGGAUAUCCCGAGACAGAGCAAGCGACCAAACGACGACGACUCGGAAAGGUAUGCAGUUUCGAAUUCCACGAACAGCGCGUGGGCAAGGUUCAGGAGGAACUCAGAGAUCACGGUCUUGAUGGGAUGGUCGAGGCUACACACCGCGAUGUCUACGAAGACGGAUUCUUGCUAGGCGAUCCCAAAACCGGCAAAUCGCCCAAGGCCAAUGCGAUCUUCCUGGAUUUGCCCGCUCCUUGGCUCGCGCUGAAACACCUUGUGCGCAAUCCUCCUGAUGGACGCGAGUCGGCCCUCGACCCCAAAUCGCCCGCCUAUCUGUGCACGUUCUCCCCAUGUCUUGAGCAGGCAGAGCGCACGAUCCGCACUAUGCGCCAGCUCUCAUGGCUCAAUAUUUCCAUGGUGGAGGUUGCUCAGCGUCGACUUGAUGUCAAGCGGGAACGCAUCGGGCUCGAUGCUGAGGGCGUGCGCGGAGCAACCGUAUACCCCAAGACCGUCGAGGAAGCAGUCGAAAAGCUUCGUAGCGAUGAAGUGCGCGCGAAGCUCAUCCGCGACCACCGACAAAACAGAGACCAGCCAGAUUACGAACCUAUUGUCAAGGAGACGCCAUCUUAUAAAGAAAAGUCCGAUGUUCCCGUGUAUGCUCAAGGUCGCUUGACACACCGUUCAGAGCCUGAUCUCAAGACUCAUACUUCAUACCUGGUCUUUGCGAUUCUGCCUCGGGAUUGGUCUGAGGAAGAUGAGCAGAAGUGCAGGAGUCAAUGGCCCUCUGCGCAGGUUGUCAAGCCUGAUGAUGAGCCCAAGAUUAGCAAGAAGCAAAUGAAGAGACUUGCUGCUAUUGAAAGGGCAAAGCUUCGUGAUGCUGCGAAGGAGAAAGAAGAACAGCCACAGCCAGAAUCAGAGGAUAAGGCUGAGGACGCAAAGGAUGCAAAGGUCGAAGAACAGAUGACCGAGGCAUGA